CUGAGUGCGCUAUAAAGGCGAGGAGGACCCACAGUCCAGCAUCACAGUCUCCUCAUCUCUCCUCCGCGACAUGUUCACUAAGGGCGUCUUCGUGCUUGCCUUGGCGGCAGUGGCUCUCGCUGCCCCUUCGGACCCAUAUCAUCAGCCGGCCUACAAGGAGGAGCCGAAGCCGUACCAGUUCGCCUACGGAGUCAAGGAUGAAUACGCCGGCACCGACUUCGGUCAGAGCGAGGAGUCCGACGGCAAAGCUGUCAAGGGAUCCUACACUGUCCAGCUCCCCGACGGCCGCAAGCAGACGGUGAACUACGUAGCCGACCACUACAACGGCUACCAGGCAGAGGUCAGCUACUACGGCGAGGCUCAGUACCCCCACGAGUACGGUCCCCCCGUCACCUUCAAGCCCCAGGCCUACCAUCCCCAGCCUUCAUAUCACUAAAGCUAAUAUAAUUUAUACAUAGACAAUAUUCACUGUACGACAUAACAUGAUUUAUUAAA